AUCGUUAUGGACUUUAACUGUAUAUAAAUGAAAGAAUAAGUGGGGUACACAACACAAGCAUAAAAGUAGCAUUUCUGCGCCUAUAAUCAAUUUAACAAAGUCCCAACUCCAUGGCCACUUCAAGCUGCAACUUAUUUGCUACAAUUCUUUCCUUUUCCAUUGUCACCUCACUCUUCUGCAAAACUGCAGUUUCACAGUCAAUUAUCAAGUCACUACCUGGGUUCGAUGGAAAUCUCCCCUUCUUUCUUGAAACCGGGUAUAUUGGUGUGGGUAAGAUGGAAGAAGUGCAGCUAUUCUACUACUUCGUUGAGUCAGAAAGGAGCCCAGAAAAUGAUCCUCUAAUGCUUUGGCUCACUGGUGGUCCUGGUUGCUCUGCUUUUUCGGGUCUUGUUUAUGAAGUUGGUCCAUUAAAGUUCAAUUAUGUGGAUUCCAAACACAACAAACCUGUCUUUGAAUUGAACCCAUACUCAUGGACGAAGGUAGCCAAUAUAAUAUUUUUGGAUUCUCCUGUGGGUACUGGAUUUUCUUAUGCAAAAACUGGGGAAGCUUACCAUGUUAAUGAUACAAUAGCAGCUGCAGAAAUUUAUGAUUUUCUAAGGAAGUGGCUUGUGAGUAAUCCCCAAUUCCUUGCAAAUCAACUCUAUAUUGGUGGUGAUUCUUAUUCCGGCAUCAUUGUCCCCAUAGUUGUUCAAGAGAUUCUUAAUGGAAAGGAAAUGGGACUUCAGCCACCAAUGGAUCUCAGAGGAUAUCUGCUUGGCAAUCCACUAACAAAUUAUAGAAUUGACUUAAAUUCAAAAAUAUCUUUCGCUUACCGAUUAUCACUUCUGUCUAAAAAAAUAUAUGAGUCCUUCAAGAUAAAUUGCAAGGGUGAAUAUGCAUAUCCAGAUCCCAACAAUGCAUUAUGCAUGCAAGAUAUUCAAACUAUCAACGAGUGUAUUAAAAAAUUAGAUCCAGCACAAAUAUUGGAGCCUGAAUGUAGUAGAACUUUCUCUCCAAAUCCCAUGGCAUCAAGAUGGGACCCAACUGCUAUCUCUGACUAUUCCAUUGAUGAUGAUAUUCUGCUUUCACCUUCCCAAAUUCCUGAACGUUGGUGCCGGGAAUACAACUACCUAUAUUCCUACACUUGGGCAAAUGAUAAAAAUGUUCAAGAAGCCCUACGCAUUCGUGAGGGGACCAUAAAGGAAUGGGCAAGAUGCAAUUACAGUUUGUCCUAUUCGUACGGUGUCAUUAGCACCAUUGAUUAUCACAAAAACUUCACCAAGACAGGACUCCAAGCGUUGAUUUACAGUGGUGAUCAUGACAUGGCUAUUCCACAUGUGGGCACUGAAGAAUGGAUAGAAUCACUUAACUUGACAAUUGCCUCCGAUUGGCAACCAUGGCUGGUUGAUGGUCAAGUUGCAGGGUAUACGGUGGAGUAUUCAUAUGAUGAAUAUGCGUACCGUUUGACAUUUGCAACUGUAAAGGGAGGGGGUCACACUGCUCCAGAAUACAAGCCUAAGCAAUGUCUUGCCAUGGUUGACAGGUGGUUCGCUAUUUACCCUUUGUAGGGUCAUUUACGAACUAAUUAUCUAUCUAUAUUACAAGGCUUGUAAGGAUGAACAGUAGCAAUUGAAAUUGAUUUAGCUGUGUUGAUUUACUUUUUCACCCACUGCCUGGUUGUAAUAAAAUAGAUAACUUGAGCCAAUUAGGGAGUACUCAGGUAACAGCGUUUGUUUUUUGAAACGAGAGGUUCCAGUUCGAGUUUUUUCUUUCA